GAUUGUACGGGUUACAGCUUCUCUGAUCUGAGCUCCUAACUCCACAUAUGAUAAACUCUUUAAAAAAAUAUGACAAUGAUGACGUUUGUUACGUAGGACUGCUGCCGAUGAUAUUAAACUCAAUGCACAGAAAUAGAAGCUGCAAUCACCACUUCUGUAGACUCCAUCAUGAAUCUUUACUCUGUUCCGAUUGCACUUAACGAUCUCAAAGGCUACCAUGUGUUAUAGAAUGUUACUGAAAGUUUUCUUCUAGGAUACCAUGGUAUUCGUGCCGUCGCAACGUAAUGAUGAUUUCGAGGAGAUUAGCCUGUACUUUCAUAUCUAAGGAAGAUUGCCGAUUAAUCUAACAAAGCAUGCAACUGACGAACUAGAAACAACCGACAUUGAGAGUGCAUCGAAGGGGUUCCAAGCAGGAGCUCCUGAGUAGACAAGCAAGCAGUAUCAUAAGUUCUUGCAUCAUUUCUUUUCCCGUUAUUGAGGUCCAGGAGUAGAGGACUUCAUGGAGCCGAAUAAAAGUUCCAGGAGCUCGCGGAGUAGCAGUGAGAAGCACAUCGUUUCAUUCUUUACACGUUGCACUGUUCUAGUCUUCUCUGCCGUAUGGAUCUUUGUAAGUGUACCAAUACUAUGCGUGGUGUUGGUCAUAGUAGUGAUAGCCUGGAUUGUACAUCGACUGAGUUCAUGCUGCUCGAGCAUCUUCAGGAGCUGUCCAGAGUUUCUUACCACAACAGAACUCUUCUGGUUCUUUAAUAGUAAACCAUCCUCAUCCAUUUUGCAGUGCCUUAUUAAACUUGAUAGUUAUGCCACAGUCAAUUCAGUGCGUGACGUCAUAUCCAAUCGAAUGUCAAAUCCUGACAUGCCGAGUUCACUCUCCUUCCUUAGGCUUCGCAAACGGUUGGUGAGGACUUGCAUAUCUUUUGCUUGGUACCUGGACAGCGAUUUCACCUUGGAAAAUCAUGUGACUGAACUUGCAGGAAAAUUUAAGUCUGAAGCGGACGUGGAAACGCACCUCUCGCUCAUGGCUGAUAAGGAUUUAGAACCAGAAAGGCCAUUGUGGAAUAUCCAAGUGCUUCAAUGUGGUUGGGAAAACAGGACCUAUCUUCUAGUUCGCGUACAUCCAUGUUUUGCAAAUGGGAAUGCCUUUAUUGACCUCCUGUGCCAACCUGAAACAAAGAAUGUCCAUUCGGUAACUCAGUAUGAUGAACAGAAGUCCUCCCACCCAUUAAUGAGCGCCAUCAGUGCUGUACUCUUCGGACCAUUGCUCAUAGCCUACUUCAAAUUAUCACCCCGAAGUAACUCACCCAAAGUCUUUCCAGCAAUGAGCCAAAGCAGUAAAUAUUCAGUUGGAUGGUCUCGUCCAAUAAACUGCCAAAAGGUCCUUGAAAGCAAAGCCGUGGCAAAUUGUCACAUUUCUGAUUUUGUAUUGUGUGCUGCUGCAGGUUCAAUGCGUUCCAUCUUGCCUUGUGACCCUACGCAACAAGGUUCCGAUACCUUCAUGGCAAAUGUCCUGUAUAGCUUCCAAAGAUGUAGUGACACAUGCGUCAUCAACUGUACACCAGAAGUGCCUUUGGAUACACAGUUCGCCACAAUCCCUGUGCAGUUGCCUUUGCACAAGGAAGGAAUCAUCCCCAGGCUGUGGGACACCAUACGAACCACCAGAACCUUAAACCAAUAUUGCGCAAAGGCCAUCUCAUGUGGUGUCCUACAGACCCUCACACUCCUUAUUCCGUCCAAGUACUCUUCCCUUUGGCUCUCGAAUACACUUUGCAAAGGCCAGUGCCUCAUCAGUUAUUUCCAGGCAUCCAAGACUGGCCUCUCUAUGGCUGGAGUCACAGUAUCCAGCAUUGUUCAGUGGUUCCCACCAGGAAGGAAUUCUUUCAUGAGCUUUUCUGUGCAGACCUACAAUAAUGAACUUCGUGUCGGGGUAGUUGUCGACAAAUGCCUGUAUGCCAAGGCCAAUACAAUGGCAGAACGAUUUGCAAUAGAGAUUGAAACACUUAUCUCCUUUCUGGCUCACCGCCGGGUCCUCCGGAAACAUCGGCGUAAGAAGAGUGAUGACUUUGAAGACAUUGAUGAAUUUGAUGACUACCUUGACCAAGAGACUGACCAAGAAUCCUUCAACGACGAGAUCUGUCGACCAUGCUGGUCUAAACGAAACUCGGACACUGUCGAAGAUGUGAGUGAACAGCCGCAAACAAGUCAAGAAAACUCUCUCGAGAUCAUCAACCUCGAUCAAGAAUAUUCACCGGAGGUCGCUGACGGCGGCGCUGGCGGCAGUCUGGAUCAGUUCUUUACUAGGACACACCAGACGGCGGAGGACGGUGAUGACAUAACGGCACGCCAGGACAUUGUAACCAUUCAUGGGUUGGAAGAAGGUGUUCCGGGAUCGGUCAUAGCCGUAGAGGAAGUGCAAGACGAAGAUAAUUUCUCAGAUCUUGGUGAUCGGCGAUUAUCAAGUACACCUCGACGCGAGACCAUUAUUACCUCAGUGGCUGUCAACGUAUUUGAUCCAGCGCAAUCGUUUGACUUUUCGCCCUGCGUUGAGCGACGGCCAAGCGCUACUCUAGACAUCUGACAGAAGACGUCCGCAAGAAAUCAACCAGUCCUUCAUAAUGGAUUGAAGAUCACUGAUUUCUAUGGAUCUAUAGGAUCUAGAUAUCCUUGAAGGGAACAUCCUUACUCAUUGAACUCUCCCAAGAUCAGAGGAAAAUGAUAUGUAAUUGCCAAGGAGCUUUAAAAAGAGAUGGAGUCAAGUCAAAGAAAUUCUAUUUGAACAAUGUUCGAUGCUGCAGUAUACGUCAGCCACAUAGGGCCUACAUACACUGGAUCUUCCUUUCAAGACAUAAAUACAAAUAAAUUUACCGACUAACUUCAAAAUGAAUGAUUAUUGAUAGAUUCUACUUUUAGCUGCCAAAGGUCUGACAAUAUAUGACCGGCCACCUCAAAAACCAGCGAUGAGUCGCUAUCAUUUAUUUACGUUGACAGAAUACUUUGGUAAUGACGGGUAUUGAUAAAAAAAUUCUAUUGCAAGGUCAUGAUUUUGAGAUAAGGAUGAUUUAUCAAAUGAGGAUCCACAUCACUGUUCACUAUCUUCUAAAUCAUACACGACACAUAUAUUUUUUUAUUAAUUUCAUUUAUUGGUUUCUGCAACACUUUUUCAUAAACACAUUAACAAAGAAAAUACAAUAAUAAUAUACAUAUAACUGACAAGCAAAACAUAGAAAAAUGUGACCGGCCAUCAAAACAAAUAAAUAAAUCACCCAAAAUGAAUUUGGACAUUUUCGCUUAGCUUGAAAGAGCACACUCUAAGCUUUGAAUUAAUAUAUGCAUAACGUGUUAAAAAUGAUUAAUACCCCGCACGGCCACAUCAGUACUUCCUUGAAUGGAAUAAGGAGAAAACAAGAUUUUAAGUUCGAGGUUCACUCAAGCACGAGAUGUGCAAUCUCGGGGAAACAUCCAAGCAGUCUGCAAAAAACUGGUGCAGAGAAACUCGUGUAUCUAUUUUUUUUAUCAAGUUUACACCUUUUAAAAAUUUGAAAGUAUUACGAAGAAUUAUUCCAUAUUUCAAUUCCAUAAUAUUAUUUCGGUUAUUUACAGAGAACCUUCCCUGGCAACUUAUUGUUGUUUUGGUGGCUGAUGACAUUAUAAGAUAUCCAAAGUCUUUAUUUCCAUAGACAAUUGCUCCUUUGUUGUUGUUUUUUCCAUGACGCUCGUGACAUCAGAUAUCAAUAGUGCAGAUCAGAAUUAUUUGUCAAAGCAUCAUUUGUAUAAAGGGGUAGUUCAUUCAAUUUGUUUUCAUAUGUCCAAGCAUCUUGUAUCGACUAAUUAAGCUCGAGAGACUAAUUAUUUUUCUGAUUUUGUUACAGACCACGAAGUAUGACUCUCAGAGUAUAUGUGUUUUUUUGUUUUUUUUUUGUUCUUAUAAAUGUGAAAAUACUAUAUGAACAAGUUACUUGAUAUUUAAUGACUACUUUUGGCAUCAAAGAAAGAUGAUUCUAGAUAGACUCACUUCAGCGUGUCAACGACUCCCACAUUUUUAUAUAGGCUACAUAAUCGCAUGUACACAAAAAUACGAGCUUUAUACCUCGGUCACAUUUGCUCAACGGCGGCCGCACGGCAAGUCGGAAACAGCCGUUUUAUUCAUUUUUAUAUGAAUCACCUAUGUAGCGUGUACACAAAAUGUUAAAACGGCUGUU